AGAGGAUCUAAUUUGUAAUAAUGAUUAAUCAUUACAUUAUACUGAUUAAACAAAACAAGAUCUCGAUUCGGUAAAUUUUCGCAAUUAUGGUGUCGCUUUGGUACGUGCGUCUUUUCACCCAUGCGGUGAAUUUGGCUGUCGUGGUUCCUCGUGUGUCGGUCAGUAAUGCCAUUGGCUCGAGAGCUACUGAAAAUAAGCCAUUGGCUGCGAUAUCGUUUUGAUUUGGCCGUGUUUCGAUAAAUGGUUACUGUGCAAACAUCAAGUGGUUAUCGACUAUCACAUGAUUCUGGAUGCUGCAAUGGAUUUCCUGGUUUGUGUGCAAGCUGGUGUCAACCUGGUCUUACAACAACACCCACUAACCGGUAUUGUGAGUCUACGGUGAAGGCUAAGCUGCGCCAUGAAAAGGGGUAUGAGAAUCCAAAAAAGUCAGCUGAAGCUGAAGAAUCUAAUGAGGAGUCUUUUUCAGAACCAGAAGAAAUGGAUGCUGAAGUUGCAGACGUUCCAAAUGUUAAUGUGUUAAAACAAAAUAACGAUUCACCUGCAAAAGGAGAUGAAGAAUUUGGCGACAGUGAGGCAGAUGGGAAGGAAAGUAUUGAAGAUGAGGAGAGUGAGAGUAAUGAAGGUGAGGAGGCACAGGACGAUGAGGAGGAGGAGGAUGAAGCAGCAGUAAAAAAUACUACACCAGCUGCUGAGUCAGGUCAUUCUGAUGAAGAGAAUUCUAACGAGGAAAAUUCUAAUGAAGAACCAGAUGAUUCCCCUAAUUCAAAAGCUAAUGGAAAAUCUAAUGGUGAGAGAGAAGCCAAGAAGCGUAAGAAAGAAGUUGAUGAUGAACCAGUGACAGUUCUGUGUAGAAAUGUUCCUCUGGAAGUGACUGCUGAGAAAUUUGAGAAAUUUCUUAAGAAGAAAGGAAUUGAAUUUGCAUCUGUCCGUAAACAAGACAAUAAAAAGUUUGCACAUAUCGACUUAGCUAAUCCUGAUGACCUUGAGGCAGUCCUAGCCAUGCAGGAUAUUGAAUUUAAAGGGUCUAUAUUGAUAUUUGAAAAGGGUAAGCCCAUGGGAGCAUCAAAACCAGAAAGAACAGACAGAGAUAAGGAUGAUUCAAAAUCACUAUUUGUGAAGAACUUGUCCUAUGAUGAUUCAGAAGAGAGUAUUAGGAACAGUCUGAUGGAAAUAUUUCCCGAUGCCCGAAAUGUCCGAAUUCCAUGCAAGAGAGAUACGCAUAGAGGGUUUGCCUAUGUUGAGUUUGAUACUGCUGAAGAAGUAAAGGAUGCCAUUGAAAACAAACAAGGGGUUGAAUGUGGGGACCGAAAAUUGUACUUAGACUAUGCAGGAGGUACUUCACGGCAAAGGAGAGGUUUUAGAGAUGAUCAACCUGAAGAAUCCAAUGUGCUACUAGUGAGAAAUCUAUCCUAUGAGACAACAGAAGAUUCUUUGCGAUCAUAUUUCAGAGAUGUUACUGCUGUACGAAUGCCAAUAUUUUCAGAUUCAGGAAAACCAAAAGGAAUUGCGUUUGUGGAAUUUGAGUCUGUAUCAAAAGCAAAAAGUGCUUUGAACAAAUAUGAUGGUACUGAUAUUGAUGGCAGAACUGUUUCCUGCUGUUUUGCAAGAAACAGAGGUGACAAUGAUGGCAGAAAUCGAGGUUAUGCUGGAAGACGCAGUGGCGGUUAUGGCGGACGCAGUGGAGGUUAUGGUGGCUAUAGUAGUGGUGGUGGUGGCGGUUAUGGUGGUCGCAGUGGUGGUUAUGGCGGCCGAAGUGGUGGUUAUGGUAGUGGUGGCUAUGGUGGUGGUGGCUACGGUAGUGGUGGCUAUGGCGGAGGUGGCUAUAGCAGUAGACGUAGUGGAGGAAGCUACGGUGGCGGUGGAGGCUAUGGUGGUGGUGGUUAUGGUGGCGGCGGAGGCUACGGCAGUGGUGGUGGAGGUUACGGCAGCAGCUAUAGUCGAAACAGAGGUUAUAGUGGCGGACGAAACAGUAUUGGUAUAUAAACCAUUUUUUUUUUU